AUGGCGACUUUGCGGGGUUCAGCAAUCGUAUCUCCUAUGUGGAGAACACAUACUGUUACCCGUCCACGGUUACACUUAGGGACAUGUUAUAAAGCGUGUGCGCGACCUGGUCUUCUAACAACAACCAUUCGCUAUGUACGAUAUUCAACUGCCACUCCGCAGCAACAGACACUUGCACGCAAGAUUGAGCGUGGCGUUUCAAAACUAUUCAGAGAUGCAGAUGAGGCUGUCAGUGACCUCAAGAGCGGAUCUACAAUCCUGAGCUCUGGUUUUGGCCUUUGCGGCGUCGCAGAUACACUUCUAUCAGCGAUCAAUCGCAGAGGAGUUGAAAAUCUGCAUUCCCUGACAGCCGUUUCAAACAACGCUGGCGCUCCUGGAAGAGGAGGGCUUUCUACACUUACUCAAGCCGGACAAGUAGAUCGGUUGAUCCUAUCCUAUCUAGGGAACAACAAGGCUUUGGAGAAGAAGUAUUUGACUGGGAAGAUUGCUAUUGAGCUAUGUCCCCAAGGAACAUUAGCCGAGCGAUUACGUGCCGGAGGGGCUGGGAUUCCGGCAUUCUUCACUCCUACGGGAGCGCACACGUUACUCCAAGCAGGAGAAAUUCCCGUCCGGCUAGAUGAGUCUGGAAAAGUAUUGGAGCGUGGCACACCACGAGAGACGAGGAUAUUCAAUGGCAAAACUUACUUGAUGGAGACAGCCCUCACGGGUGAUGUGGCUAUCCUUCGUGCCUGGAAAGCAGAUGAGGCAGGAAACUGUGUUUUCAGGUAUACAACGAAAGCAUUCGGCCCGGUCAUGGCGAAAGCUGCCACUCUUACCAUAGUGGAGGCGGAAAAUAUCGUUCCCGUCGGUUCCAUUGACCCUAACGAUGUCGAUCUGCCGGGCAUCUUUGUGGAUCGAGUUGUUCCUGCUACGGCGGAGAAGCACAUCGAAAUCAGAAAAUUGCGGACUCCAGAAAAUGAGGAUGCGACUAAGACCUUAAGUGACCCUGCCAUGGCUCAGAGAAACCGCAUUGCCCGGAGAGCAGCGAAAGAACUAAAGCAAGGAUAUUAUGUUAAUCUGGGUGUUGGAAUUCCCACACUGGCUCCGUCAUUCUUACCAGAAGGCACGAAAGUUUGGGUGCAAUCAGAAAAUGGUAUUCUGGGCAUGGGACCGUAUCCCACUGAGGACGAAGUUGACCCGGACAUCAUCAAUGCUGGGAAAGAGACGGUCACCCUCAUGCCAGGCGCGGCUACUUUCGAUAGCACUGAAUCGUUCGGCAUGAUUCGGGGCGGACAUGUUGAUGUGUCCAUCCUUGGGGUGAGUGAAGCAGAUUAUGCUUGUGAACGGAUAGAGUACCGGGCUAAUGAUAAGCAGGCCCUGCAAGUGAGCGCCAAAGGCGACCUAGCGAACUACAUGAUUCCCGGAAAGGUCUUCAAGGGAAUGGGAGGAGCUAUGGACUUGAUCUCUAAUCCAGACCAAACCAAGAUCGUUGUCGCUACCAGUCAUACAGCCAAGGACGGAUCUCCCAAGGUCGUCGCGGAAUGUAGCCUGCCUUUGACAGGCGCAAACUGCGUCAGUACGAUCAUCACGGAACUUGGGUAG